AUGUCUUCGUCGCAGCCCUUUGUGCCAUCGUCGCCCCUGACCCGCGCCAGGAAGAAGUCGCGCUUUACAUUCAAACACCUCCAUCUGCUCGGCCAAUCUUCGACGUCAUGUCCCCUGAGGUGCAUCGCCCUGGUCGACUACGAUGCCUUCUACGCGCAGUGCGAGAUGGUGAGACUGGGCGUGGCCGAGACCCAACCGCUGGCCGUGCAGCAGUGGCAGGGGCUCAUCGCCAUCAACUACCCGGCCCGGGAGUUUGGCUUGAACAGGCACGUCACCAUCACCGAGGCCAAGGCCAAGUGUCCGCAGAUUGUGGUCCAGCACGUCGCGACGUGGCGCGAGGGCGACGACAAGUGGGCGUACCGGGACGACGCCGCGAAGCACAUCCAGACGGAUAAAGUGUCGCUGGACCCGUACCGGCUGGAGUCCCGGAAGAGUCUGGCGCUCAUCAGGGAGAUCUUGCCCGCGCCGCCGAUCCAGCGCGUCGAGAAGGCCAGCAUCGACGAGGUCUUUCUCGACCUGUCCGCACAGAUCCACCAGAUUCUGCUCGAGAGGUAUCCCGAGCUGCAGUACGCGCCCUACGACGACCCCACGGAGAACCUCCCCUUGCCGCCGUCGACGGCCCUAAAUUGGGAGGCGGAUGCGCUGGUCGACCUGGAUUCCACGGAAACGGAGGACGAUGAUCCCGACUGGGACGACGUGGUCAUGAACAUAGGUUCCGAGAUCGUCCGCGGCGUGCGCAGGACGAUUCGCGAGAGGCUGAAAUACACCUGCUCGGCCGGCAUCGCGCGCAACAAGAUGAUGGCCAAGCUCGGGGCCGGGUACAAAAAGCCCAACCAGCAGACCAUUGUGCGGAACCGGGCGGUCCAGCACUUCCUCUCUGGGUUCAAGUUCACAAAGAUACGGAAUCUGGGCGGCAAACUCGGAGAUCACGUCGUCGACACUUUCAACACCGACGACGUCACGGAUCUUCUGCAAAUUCCUCUCGAACAACUCAAGGCCAAGCUGGGCGACGACACGGGCACAUGGCUCUACGGAACGAUUCGCGGGGAGGACAACAGCGAAGUCAGUUCGCGGACGCAGAUCAAAUCUAUGCUGUCUGCAAAGUCCUUCAGACCUUCUAUCAAUACAACCGAGCAGGCAAAUAAAUGGCUCAGGAUCUUUGUAGCAGAUAUCUAUGCUCGCUUGGUCGAGGAAGGCGUGCUCGAGAACAAGAGACGACCCAAGACCAUCACUCUGCACCACCGGCAAGGCGGACAGACAAGGUCAAAACAACUACCAAUACCAGGAGGCAAGAAGAUCGACGAGAUGAUGCUUUUCGAACUCGCAAAGACCUUGCUCGGACAGGUCAUCGUUGAUGGGAGAGCCUGGCCGUGCGCGAAUCUCUCGCUCAGCGUUGGCGGCUUUGAAGAGGGUGUGUCGGGGAACAAAGGGAUCGACACAUUCCUGCUGAGAGGGGAUGAAGCCAAGGCUGCCAUGGAUGUCCCACACCGAAGCAACACUGCAACACCGGAUUUUGAUGAAGGGCGGCCUGAGAAGCGGCGAAGGUUGAAUGACGGUCCUCCUAGCAUUGCCCGCUUCUUCACCAAGGGCGAGAGCACCGAGGAAAGCGAAGAGGAACCACAAGCUCACUUUCAGGAGGAGGAUGAUGUGAGCGGACAGGGUGGCAGUGAAGCGAAGGAACACCGAGGAGACAGCCAUCCUCCACCUCAAUUGCACCAGCAAGACAUCGCCACCUACUUCUGUCAGACGUGCCAGAAGUCGAUCAAUGAAACCGAGCGAGGUGAGCACGAAGACUGGCAUUUUGCCAAAGACCUUCAAGCUCAAGACACACCCUCGGUGACGGGGCCGACGAAUAGUCGACCACCAGGCCAGUCCAAUGCCAAAUCGAAGCGCGGCGCUGCGAGUAGUUCUCGAGGGCGAGGCUCAAAGGUUGAGAAGGGUCAGAGUCGCCUUGCUUUUGGAUAG